AUGGAAAGGGACAUAGAAAGGGAUAUGGAAGGGGACAUAGAAGAGGCCAUGGAAGGGGACAUAGAAGAGGACAUGGAAGGGGGCAUAGAAGAGGAUAUGGAAGGGGACAUAGAAGAGGAUAUGGAAGGGGACAUAGAAGGGGACAUGGAAGGGGGCAUAGAAGAGGACAUGGAAAGGGACAUAGAAAGGGACAUAGAAAGGGUCAUGGAAGGGGACAUGGAAGGGGACAAGGAAGGGGACAUAGAAAGAGACACGGAAGGGGGCAUAGAAGAGGACAUGGAAAGGUACAUAGAAAGGGACAUAGGAAGGGACAUAGAAAGGGACAUGGAAUGGGACAUAGAAGGGGACAUAGAAGGGGACAUAGAAGGGGGCAUAGAAGAGGACAUGGAAGGGGGCAUAGAAGAGGACAUGGAAAGGUACAUAGAAAGGGACAUAGGAAGGGACAUAGAAAGGGACAUAGAUAGGGACAUGGAAGGGGACAUGGAAGAGGCCAUGGAAGGGGACAUAGAAGAGGACAUGGAAAGGGACAUAAAAAGGGACAUAGAAAGGGACAUAGAUAGGGACAUGGAAGGGGACAUGGAAGAGGACAUGGAAGGGCACAUAGAAGAGGAUAUGGAAGGGGACAUAGAAGGGGACCUGGAAGGGGGCAUAGAAGAGGACAUGGACAUAGAAGGGGACAUGGAAGGGGACAUAGACGGGGACAUGGAAGGGGACAUGGAUAGAAAGGGACAUAGAAAGGGAUAUGGAAGGGGACAUGGAAGGGGAGAUAGAAAGGGACAUUGA